AGGCCUAGUCCACACUUUUGAGCUCAGCUCCUGGCAAAGAUGUCCCUCUCCAAGAGGGAGCUGGAUGAGCUGAAGCCAUGGAUCGAGAAGACGGUGAAGCGAGUCCUGGGCUUCUCGGAGCCCACCGUGGUCACCGCCGCCCUGAACUGCGUGGGGAAGGGCAUGGACAAGAAGAAAGCAGCUGACCACCUCAAGCCCUUCCUGGAUGACUCCACGCUGCGCUUCGUGGACAAGCUCUUCGAGGCGGUGGAGGAAGGCCGCAGCUCCAGGCACUCCAAGUCCAACAGCGACCGCAGCCGCAAGCGAGAGCUCAAGGAUGUGUUUGGUGAUGACUCUGAGGUGUCCAAGGAGUCCUCCGGCGUCAAGAAGCGACGGAUACCACGAUUUGAGGAGGUGGAGGAUGAGCCAGAGGUCAUUCCAGGCCCACCUUCAGAGAGCCCUGGGAUGCUCACCAAGCUGCAGAUCAAGCAGAUGAUGGAAGCAGCUACCCGGCAGAUUGAGGAGAGGAAAAAGCAGCUCAGCUUCAUCAGCCCCCCAGCCCCACAGCCCAAGAUCUCUUCCUCCUCGCAGUCGGAGCGGCUGCCCAUCGGCAACACCAUCCAGCCCUCGCAGGCGGCCACCUUCAUGAACGACGCCAUCGAGAAGGCCAGGAAGGCUGCGGAGCUGCAGGCCCGCAUCCAGGCCCAGCUGGCCCUCAAGCCAGGGCUGAUUGGCAAUGCCAACAUGGUGGGGCUGGCCAACCUGCACGCCAUGGGCAUCGCGCCGCCGAAAGUGGAGCUGAAGGAUCAGACAAAACCCACCCCCCUGAUCCUGGACGAGCAAGGCCGAACCGUCGACGCCACCGGCAAGGAGAUUGAGCUGACUCACCGCAUGCCAACCUUGAAAGCCAACAUCAGAGCUGUGAAGAGAGAGCAGUUCAAGCAGCAGCUGAAAGAGAAGCCCUCAGAGGACAUGGAGUCCAACACCUACUUUGACCCCCGGGUCUCCAUCAGCCCAGCCCAGCGGCAGAAGCGAACCUUCAAGUUCCACGAGAAAGGCAAAUUCGAGAAGAUUGCCCAGAGGCUGAGGACAAAGGCUCAACUAGAAAAGCUGCAGGCUGAGAUCUCCCAGGCUGCCAGGAAGACAGGGAUCCACACCUCCACCAAGUUGGCUCUUAUCACCCCGAAAAAAGAGCUGAAAGAGGGGGAGAUCCCCGAGAUCGAGUGGUGGGACUCCUACAUCAUCCCAAACGGCCUCGACCUGAAAGGUGGAACAUCCUCCAAGAGGGACGAGUACUUUGGGAUCACAAACCUCGUGGAGCACCCGGCACAGCUCAGCCCACCAGUGGACAGUGACACACCAGUGACCCUGGGUGUUUAUUUAACCAAGAAAGAGCAGAAGAAAUUACGGCGACAGACUCGGAGAGAAGCCCAGAAGGAGCUGCAAGAGAAAGUCAGGCUGGGCCUGAUGCCACCACCAGAGCCCAAAGUAAGAAUCUCCAACUUGAUGAGAGUGCUGGGCACAGAAGCUGUUCAAGACCCAACCAAGGUGGAAGCUCACGUCAGAGCACAGAUGGCGAAGAGACAGAAAGCUCACGAAGAGGCAAACGCUGCCAGGAAGCUCACAGCAGAACAGCGAAAAGCCAAGAAGGUUAAAAAGCUGAAAGAAGAUGUUUCACAGGGGGUUCACAUAGCUGUGUACAGGGUCAGAAACUUGAGCAAUCCAGCCAAAAAAUUCAAAAUUGAGGCAAAUGCUGGCCAGCUCUACCUGACAGGCGUGGUGGUGCUACACAAAGAUGUCAACGUGGUGGUGGUAGAAGGAGGCCCCAAAGCACAGAAGAAAUUCAAACGUCUCAUGCUUCACCGAAUAAAAUGGGACGAGCAAACAUCGAACACAAAGGGAGAGGAUGAUGAUGAGUCUGACGAGGAGUCCGUUAAGAAAACAAACAAAUGCUCUCUGGUUUGGGAGGGCACAGCCAAGGACCGCAGCUUCGGCGAGAUGAAAUUCAAGCAGUGCCCCACGGAGAACAUGGCACGGGAGCACUUUAAAAAGCACGGUGCAGAGCACUACUGGGACCUGGCCCUCAGCGAGUCCGUGCUGGAGUCCACAGACUGAGGCGAGAGGGGGCUGCGACGCCCCCUCCCCCCCACC